AUGGAGCGCUCAAAACAGAGUCACGAGAAUGAAGCUGACAGUAGACAGACUACAAACGAACGUUCAAUAAACGGACACAUUGACGGCUUGGUAAAAAAAGACAACCGGACCUUGGUAGGCCUGUCUCAAGGGACGGGGACGGCCGGUGAGUCGAGUUCGCACACAGGGUCCUCCGUGGUAGAGGGCUGGAAGCAUGAGCGCACCCGAAGUAUGGAAGACAAUGAGAUGAGCUUGCCUAGUCUUGCUGCUGCCUACACCACUAUUCUCCGGGGUCUCGGGGAGGACCCGCAAAGACAGGGACUUCUAAAAACUCCGUGGAGAGCCGCGACUGCCAUGCAGUUCUUCACCAAGGGCUACCAGGAGAAAAUCAUAGGUGAGUCAGUUCGGAAUGCCCCUUUCCCAAGUUGUCAACACUUUUCUAUGUUGUAAAAAAGAAAGUGACGUGGAUAACCUUAACUCCCCUUUUAAUUUACCUGAAAUAUAGACAUGUAUGUGUCAUUUACUUAGGCUACCGAACUCCAAUCAAGACAUCUGUUUUGAGAGGAGAAAUAUGCAAUUUAUUAUGCUGAUCUAACUAUUAUAUACACAAACUUUUACAGGACAACUUUCUUACAUCCUUCGCCUAUGGUCAGGUAUUUCAGAAGACACAUCCAAUUAACUUGAUUGUUUUUUGUAAAGCUAUGUUCAGUAUAAGAGCUACAAACUCUUUAUUUAGAGCUGUGCAGUACAAUAUUUAAAAUCAUUAUUGGCACUGGAGAGACAGGCUUCACUCAAAUGACCAUUGUAUGUGAUUUAGAGCAGUUGAGUACCUCAAGAAGGAAGGAUGCACAAUCUAUUAUGUUCAACGUGCAUUCAUAGACAAGUAACCCUACAAGAAAUAUGGUGUUGUAUCUAAUAUUCUCAAUUUAUGCACUUUUCCCUCAUCCGUCUGUGAAAUCCCUCUUUCUACACAAUACCUCUAUCUCUGUCCAUCCUUACGAAACAGUUCACGUGCAUAUCCAGGCUCAACAAGUCCCCCUGGUCAUCCUGACCAGACUUUAUUGGUUCCGUUCUCCAUGGUUGGGGCUGUUUUAGUGGUGGAGCUGUGGAGCUACCCCUCACAGUAUUAUUAUCCCCCACCCUCCCCUCCUCCUCCCCAGUAACCCAUCUGGAGUUGGUUUCGCGGGGAGCGCUUUAAGGUUCCGUGUAUAACGUUUGAAGAGACACACACAGUGAAUGUGUUAGUGACGCUCAUCCUCCCUAGCUGAAAAACAUGCAUCUGGGAUAACUUGAGAAUGCAAAGAUUCUCUCUGGUCUAUAUGGACUCAAUGUUCUUUCCCCCCUGUUUGAGGUGUUGUGGGAGUGGUAUGGAAACGUGAGGGGCCGAACUAAACAGUAAAUCCAGCAAAAAGUGAAGAGUCAUGAUGAUAUAAUGUGUGUGUGUUCAGGAGCACUGAAGCAAGUGGUGUUAUCUCCCUUUUUUGAUUGGCUCUUAUUCUGCACCACCCCUUUGUUUAAAUGUGUAAUGUCAUUGAAUUGAAGAUUUCGAAGAGCUGAAUAACUUCUAUGGCCAGUUUCACAAACCCAGAUUAAACCUGGAUGAAAAACAAAGGAGAAUCUCCAUUCAAAGUGCUUUUUAGUCCAGGAAUAGGCUUAAUCAGUGUGCGGGAAACCGUCUCUCUUUAAAGGUAAAGCAAUAGGUGUGGUCAUGUUCGCCUUGUCACAUUGAGCCAGUGGAUAUAUGGAUAUACACUACAAAAGUAUGUGGACACCCCCUUCAAAUGAGUGGAUUUGGCUAUUUCAGCCACACCAAUUGCUGACAGGUGUAUGAAAUCGAGCACACAGCCAUGCAAUCUCCGUAGACCAACAUUGGCAGUAGAAUGGCCUUACUGAAGAGCUCAGUGCCACCUUUCCAACAAGUCAGCUUGUCAAAUUUCUGCCCUGCUAGAGCUGCCCCAGUCAACUGUAAGUGCUGUUAUUGUGAAGUGGAAACUUCUAGGCGCAACAACGGCUCAGCCACGAAGUGGUAGGCCGCUCAAGCUCACAGAACAGGACCGGCGAGUGCUGAAGCGCGUAAAAAUCGUCUGUCCUCAGUUGCAACACUCACUACCGAGUUCCAAACUGCCUCUGGAAGCAAAGUCAGCACAAUAACUGUUCGUCGGGAGCGCAAUGCCAAGCUUCGGCUGGACUGCCAGACUCUGGAGCAGUGGAGACACGUUCUCUGGAGUGAUGAAUCACGCUUCACCAUCUGGCAGUCCGACGGAAGAAUCUGGGUUUAGGUGGAUGCCAGGAGAACGCUACCUGCCCCAAUGCAUAGUGCCAACUGUAAAAUUUGGUGGAAGAGGGAUAAUGUUCUGGGGCUGUUUUUCAUGGUUCGGGCUAGGCGCCUUAGUUCCAGUGAAGGGGAAAUCCUAACGCUACAGCAUACAAUGACAUUGUAGACGAUUCUUUGCUCCAACUUUGUGGCAAUAGUUUGGGGAAGGCCCUUUCCUGUUUCAGCAUGACAAUGCCCUCGUGCAUAAAGCGAGGUCCAUACAGAAAUGGUUUGUCGAGAUCGGAAGAACUUGACUAGCCUGCACAGAGCCCUGACCUCAACCCCAACCUUUGGGUUGAAUUGGAACGCCGACGGCAAGCCAGGCCUAAUCGCCCAAGAUCAGUGCCCGACGUCACUAAUGCUUGUGGCUGAAUUAAAGCAAGUCCUCGCAGCAAUGCUCCAACAUCUAGUGGAAAGCCUUCCCAGAAGGGCCAUGCCUGCCUUUCGUGUGUGUGAAUGUAUGCGUGUUUCUACGUUUGUGUGAGCAAAUGAGUGACUAAUUUAUGAGUGCCCCAAGCGUACAGGAAGUCAGUGUGAAUGAUGUAGGGCUGAACCUUCGAGUCGGUGCAGAUGCUUCUCACCAAGUGCACCAUGCAACCAUCACCUACAUUGUGGGAUGCACUAUUUGUCAACCAAUCAUUAGGGUGUUUCUUUCUCAUUAGGUGUUGACGCGAAGGGGCAGGGCCGCACUGCUUCAGGGGAUUGAGAGAGAGGGAGAGAAAAAGGUAGAGUGAGGAAGGGAGAGAGGAGGAGAGAAAAAGGGAGAGGGGGAUAGAGAAAGCAGAGUUCACGCCGACCCAGCCACCAGCGCUCUCAACCCCUCUGCUUGACACCCUAACAAUUUGUAAUGUAACCGUAGUGACUCAUUGUUUGUGUGUGUGUGGUUGUUUGUCUGAGAUUAGUUGGGUUGAUGCUGAUUUUAUUUCCUGUUCUUUUGCUGUUGCCCUGUCACAUGACCUGCUGUGUGUGUGUGUGUGUGUUUGUAGAGGACCAGUCUGGUGAGGGGUAACUGUUCUCUGAACAGCUGCUGCCCUCAGGUUGGUGAGAUGGACUGGGGACAAUGCUCUAUUCAUCAGUAGAGCUUUACCGGAAAAACAUGCAUGCACACACUGGGCUGGGAGAGGGACAUUUGGAGUACUGCUUGAGGGAAAACCCAAACCGUAGCACUGUUCCUUUAAGCACUGUCAAAUAUGAUCAUCAAUCGACAGAUAACAAUGUUCUUAAUGACUCCAUUCUAACCUACUGAAUGUGUCAGAGAGGUGUCAAUCAAGAAAUCGUAAUAUUCUAACAGUGAUGUGAAAUCAGCAUUUGUUCAGUUUGGUUUAACUAGUCUAGUGAAACUGCACUUGAUAUUCUAAUCAUUCUUAUCCUAUACAUCAGACAUCCUCAACCGGUGGACUGUGGUCCAGACCCAGACCUGGGUCAAUACAGGCUGCGGGUCUUGACAAAAAAAUUAAUAUAUUUAUAUUAGGAACUCAGUGAAAUCUCUUUUUAUUUGUCACAUGCGCCGAAUACAAUGGGUGUAGACUUGACCGCAAAAUGCUUGCUUACGAGCCCUUCCCAUCGACGCAAAGCAACAAAGAUAACGUGAUAAUAUGGGGAAUGUUGGUCCGGUACUGUUUCCCGGACAGUAGCAGAGUGAACAGUCUGUGGUUUGGUUGGCUGGAUUCUUUGGCCAUUUUUCUGGCCUUCCUCUGACACCGCCUGAUAUAGAGGUCCUUGGUGGCAGAGAGCCCCCGUGACGUAUUGGGUUGUCCGCAACACCCUAUGUAGCGCUUUGCGGUCGAGGGCGGUCCAUUUGCCAUACCAAGCAGUGAUUCAGCCAGUCAAGAUGCUUUCGAUGGUGCAGCUGUAGAACUUUGUGAGGAUUCGAGGGCCCAUGCCAUGUCUUUCCCUCUGCAUAACUGUGCAGUUGUGUGUGGACCAUGUUAAGUCCUUAGUAAUGUGGACUUUCUCAAAUAGUAGUUUGAGUACCCCUGCUAUACAUUAACAUUUUGGUCAUUUAGCAGAUGCUCUUAUCCAGAGUGACUUACAAUCAGCAUAUAGGCCUAAACAUGCAUUGUCUGUUAUCGAACAUUGGUGAGAUGGUGUGGACUUUUCGAACACUACGGCGUAUGGAGAACCUAUUACCGUUGUUGUUGUUAGUUUAGCCAGUGAUCUCAUCGCCAUAGUGCCCAAACCGGCUGCUGCUUGUAUAGACAAGACGCAAAACCACAACAACAAGGCAGGACCCUAAAGCAACAAGUCAGGCAGUCUGCUCACUCACCAUGUUACCAUGGAAACUUUACCUCACACCCCGACCCAAACUCUGUAGAUAGGCGGCCAGGAAAUUAAAAACCUCCGUCAGGGAGAAAGGAGGGAGCAUCGCCACAAACAGAUAAAAACCCAUGGAUUUAUUUGAACGAUGAUAUGAGCUCCGCUAGGAGAGAAAAUGAAAUAAAAUGACAAACAGGAAGAGCGGUAGGGCUAUAUGGGGGUUGAGAUAUAAUUACAAUGUUUGCCAGAGAAAAACAGGCAUAUGGCUUAUGGGAUGGAGGGAGGGAGAGUGAGUGAUUAGGUUGGCUAGGGCUGUCUGGUCUCGUCUGUUGAGCGUCUUGUUAAGUGUCUCAGAGCUGUAUGGCGUCGACUCGAUGGUCCUCGCACUCAUCAGUCUCACUCAUUUUCUCUUUGCUUCUGCAGACGUGCUGAACGACGCCAUCUUCGACGAGGACCACGACGAGAUGGUGAUCGUAAAGGACAUCGACAUGUUCUCCAUGUGUGAGCACCACCUGGUGCCCAUCUUUGGAAGGGUAAGAUUGCAU